AUGCCCCUCUCCUCACAGACCGUCAACGAAAUCAAAAGCAUUGUAGACUAUGCCGUAACCACCGACCCGAACCGGAUCCCCGGGACAACCGUGGUCGUAAUCGACCGCACCGGCACCGAACAGUUCGCCCACGCCGCCGGCAAACGAGGCGUCUCCUCCUCGGAGCCCAUGACCCUGGAAAACAUCUACUGGAUGGCCUCGUGCACGAAAAUGGUCGUCGGCAUCGCGUGCAUGCAGCUCGUGGAGAAGGGCCAGCUGAACCUGGACGACGCUGAUCACCUGGAGAAGCUCUGCCCGGAGCUGGCCGACAUCAAGGUCCUGACGCCCGAGGGGACGCUCGUCGACAAGAAACGCGGAAUUACGCUCCGGAUGUUGCUGACGCACACGUCGGGAUUCGGGUAUACCUUCUUCAGCGAACGGUUGCGUGACUGGAGUCUGCCCGCGGGCAUUGACGAGUUCUCUGGGAGCGUGAGGGAUAUCGUGCAGCCUCUUUUAUUCCAGCCGGGAGAGGGCUGGGAGUACGGCGUCGGCAUUGACUGGGCCGGCAUCGCUGUAGAGCGCGUCACAAAUAUGAGCUUGAACGACUACAUCCAGGCCAACAUCUGCCAGCCGCUGGGCUUGCACAACGUCAACAUGAUCCCGACGCCCUCGAUGAAGGCGCAAUUGGCAUACUUGCACUACAAGAGGCCUGACGGCAAAGUGGUCCCCAGAGAUCAUCUUCUCCAUCGUCCGUUGAUCGUGCAGUCAGAAGAAGAGAUCCGCGGUUGCUUCAACAGUGGUGGCGCCGGCAUCUUCGCAAAACCCCAAGAGUACACGCGCAUUUUGGCAGUGUUUCUGAACGACGGAGUAUGUCCCAUCACAAAAGCGCAGAUUCUGAAAAAGGAAACAGUAGACGAAAUGUUCACCAACCAAGUCCCCAAGUCCCCAGACUUUGCCAGGCAGGGCGUUCAAGACGCAAAACCCGAACUGACAAACGCACUCCCCGAGCUCUACCCGGUCCCCGGCAACACGCCACAAGGCUGGGGCUUGACGUUCAUGCUCACGGGCGGACCUACGGGUCGAUCGAGCGGGACGGCGUGGUGGGCGGGGCUGCCGAACCUGUUUUGGUGGUGCGACAGGGAGAAGGGCGUCGCCGGGAUCAUCUGCUCUCAGAUCUUGCCUUUCGGCGAUGCUUCGGUCUUGGGGUUGUGGGCACAGGUUGAGGCUGCUGUGUAUAAGGGGUUGGGUGCUUAG